AGCACAAACAAAUGUGUGACUCAGAUCCAAAGGAAAUGCAACCGCUCAGGCAGAGAUGCUUAAUUACCACAAAGAUGAAUCAAUCAACGAAAUAGAGAAUCGCAUCCAGUGGAGUUAAAAAUAAUAAAAAGAGGGUAUACAUCACCUUCCGAGAUCACGCGCGAAUCCCGAGGACUGCAUCGCCGAUCACACAGCUGCACAUGCCGACACCUCGGUCCUGAAGAUAACUAAUCCCACGCUUCCUCCUUCACUUCACUUCACUUGGCCCGAGUUCAGUCAAGUCCAGCCACCAGAACCAGAGCAGAGCACGAACUUUUUUUCUUUGAACGCAAGAGCAGAGCACGAGCUCACCUUCUCCAUCUCCGGAUGAAACUACAGCGCUAGCUCCUGGCCGCCGGACGUGUAGAAGAAGAAGAAAAAGCUGCAGGGUUUGGCGCGCCUGAUCGAUGGGGCUGCUGUCUCACCGGGUGGAGCGGUCGGAGAUCAAGCCCGGCGACCACAUCUACACCUGGCGCGCCAGCUACGCCUACUCCCACCACGGAAUUUACGUUGGCGGGAGCAAGGUGGUGCAUUUCACGCGGAAGAAAGAGGCAGGAACCGCCGGUCUGGACUCGGCCAUCGCCGCGUCCAGUCUCCUCUCGCGGGGCUCAGAUGAGUGCCCGACCUUCCCGGACUGUGGCUUCCAGCUCCCCGACAGCGGCGUCAUCCUCACCUGCCUCGACUGCUUCCUCCGCGGCGGCGCCCUCCACCGCUUCGAGUACGGCGCCCCCGCGGCGGUGUUCCUCGCCAAGCUCCGCGGGGGCACCUGCACCACCGCGCGCCCCGACCCGCCGGGCGACGCGGUGCACCGCGCGAUGCACCUGCUCCAGAACGGGUUCGGGGACUACGACGUGUUCGAGAACAACUGCGAGGACUUCGCGCUCUACUGCAAGACCGGCCUCCUCCCCGCCGGCGACGACGAGCCGGGCCCGGGAGGCAUCGGGAGGAGCGGGCAGGCGGCCUCCGCCGUCGGGGUGCCGCUGGCGGCGCUCUUCUCCACGCCGUUCAAGCUGCUGGCCGCUGGCCCGCUCGGCAUGGCCGCUGUCACGGCCGGGAUGUACUGCGCCGGCAGGUACAUCACCGACAUUGGAGUGCGGAAGGACGUGGUGAAGGUGGAAGUGGAGAACCUGUCGGAGCAUCUCGGUUUUCGCCGCGCCACGGCUGAAGAAUCGGCGAAGAAACUGCCUGAGAAGGCGAAGCGUCUGCUUCCUCUCAAGAGAAAACGUGAGAGGUGACGAUUGCCUGAGCCCUGAUGAAGUAGGAGGGUCUCUGCAGCUACUUGCGUUUGGUUUCUGUGGAUAGCUUCAUAGCAACAAAUCCUGCAACA